AUUUACGUCAUUCUUCAACUUCAAUGGAGUAGUUUGUUUAGUGUUAUUGUAAAUUAGUGAUUUUCAUCGUUUUUAGUGAUAAAUGUUGUAUUUUGAAAUGAAAUGGAAGGAUCUAAUUGCAAACAGCCCAUCAAUUGUGCAGGAUGUCUGAACAAUGUCGGUGAUGAUGACUAUGUCUCGGCACUGGGACAAGAUUGGCACAAGGACUGCUUCAGGUGCUCAGUGUGCGAUGCUGCACUGUCAACAUGGUACUUCGAGAAAGAGGGCAUGCUGUUCUGUCAGAAUGACUACUGGUCACGCUUCGGUGAAAACUGCUUGCAAUGUUCACAGGUGAUAACGGGCCCGGUGAUGUGCGCGGGCGCGCGACGCUUCCACCCCGAGUGCUUCGCGUGCGCGCGCUGCGCCGCGCUGCUCGACGACGCGGAGCCCUACGCGAUCGUGGGCCGCAUGGCGCUCUACUGCGGCGCAUGUUACCCUUUGCUUCCGGGGCACGAGACGCACGACACCCUCGAGGUACAAGAACCCGCUACCGCUUUGAAACUGGCGCCCGCCGCUGACAGCCUAGCUCUGACAGUGCAACAUUCCGGUUGCAAGGUGUCGGCGGCGCGUGCGCUCCUACGCGCCGCACUGUCGCUCUGCAUACAACUCACAUGCCAUAGGCUCGACUCAGCUUGCGGUGUUCUGACCCUGAGGGUCGGCGAUCGAGUGCUGGAGAUCAACGGGUCACCAGUUCGAAGCCGGCCCGACCAACUCGACCAGGGUUUAUCGCCUCCAAAUAACGUCAUACAGCUAACCAUAGAGCAGAGCCCGUGUAGCAGCCAUUCCAAAUGCAAUACGGAGGAGUUGGACGACAAGCCGAAACAUGACGUCAAGUCGCCAGUGCAGAGGAAGAUACUCCGGGAGGACCUCAGGAAGAACAUUCCCAAGAUAUCGCUGCAGGAGGAAGACGAAGGGGGUCGCAAAGAGAGACUGUUCAAGCGCAAAGGGGAGGAAGGGGGUAAAGUGAGGCUGAAGCGGAGACAGACCCCCGCCUCCCCCCUCCUAGGGGACAAGGAGAGAAGCAGCAGCAUGCCCAAAUUGCUCGACCCUAGCGAGUCAGGGUGCGAGUGCGGGGCGGGGGGGGGCGGAGUCCUGCGCUGCCGCUCGUUCCGCGCGGAGCCCGCCAAGGGACAGGUGUUCCGCGCGCGGGAUCUGCUGCAGGGUGAACUGCUCGGCUCCGGAUUCUUCGGCGAGGUGUACAAAGUGACGCACCGCGACACCAACGAAGUGAUGGUGCUCAAACAGCUGUACAGAGUGGACGAGGACGCGCAGAGGAACUUCCUCAAAGAGGUGGCGGUGCUGCGGUCGCUGCAGCACCCCAACGUGCUGCGCUUCAUCGGCGUGCUGUACAAAGACAAGAGGCUGCAUCUCGUCACGGAGUACGUGGCUGGGGGCACCUUGCACCAGCUGUUGCAGGACCGCGCGCGGGCGCUGAGCUGGGUCGCCCGCGCGCGGCUGGCGCGCGAUGUGGCGGCGGGCGUGGGCUAUCUGCACCGCAUGAACGUCAUCCACAGGGACCUCAACUCUCACAACUGUCUCGUCAGGGAGGACCAGACGGUGAUCGUGGCGGACUUCGGGCUGGCGCGCGUCGUGCAGCGCACGGCCAGCAGCGCGCACGCGCGCGACGCGCUGCGCCGCAAGCGGUACACGGUUGUGGGCAACCCGUACUGGAUGGCGCCGGAGAUGAUGAACGGGAACGUGUACGACGAGAAGGUGGACGUGUUCUCGUUCGGUAUCAUCCUGUGCGAGAUCAUAGGGCGGGUGUCGGCCGACCCGGACGAGCUGCCGCGGCGGCCGGACUUCGGGCUCAACGAGGCCGCCUUCCUCGACGCCUUCUGUCGCCCGCACGCGUGCCCGCCGCCCUUCUACAGGGUCGCGUUCCUCGCGUGCGACCUGGAGCCCGAUGCGAGGCCAACCUUCGAAGUGAUGGAGAUCUGGCUGGAGAGCCUGGUGCAGUGGCUGUCGGGCGGCGGGCCGGGGCUGCUGGGCGGCGCACUGCCCGGGGCCGCCGCCGCCCCGCCACGCGGUGAAUCCACCCCUGACCCCGACUACGCCGUCUUGUGUGAUGGGGUGCUCAAGUCGCGGUCGACGGUGACGAUGCUGGGGUCGCAGCGUCCGCGCGCGCUCGGCAAGUGCGUGUCCGCGUCGCACGUCGCGCGCGUCGUCACCGUGCGCGCGCGGCGCCGCACGCGCUCGCAGCACGCGCUGCACGCGCACGCGCACGCGCACGCCGCGUACAUACUCAGGGCGCACGGCAACAGCAUUGACAUUACCGAGGUGGACGACAUCAGCCUGUGGCUGGACCCUCCCCCCCUCAAGCGCAGCUCCCCCGCCUCCCACCUCCACUUCCCCCCCGACACAGACGUCACGGACAAGCCACAACUACCCGCCUUCCUCCGCAACCAAUCGGUGGAAGGCCUCGAGUGUCAGACCAAGCACCUCCCCCCCCCGCCCAUCUGCAGACACGACAGCAUCCCAGAUCAUUGCGACCUGACUUACGAUUCUGAUUCCUCUGACGACGAAGUUACCGAAGUCACAGACUUAAACCUCAAGAGGAAUACCGACAAUUUUAAUGAUAACUUUUUUGACGAUACGAGAAACAAAAUAGCGGACAUGGUCAAAGAGAAUCUGACAGCUAAAAAGUCGAGUUAUGAUGUCAGUAAUGUCACAUUUGGCUACCCAGAAAACGAGAGGAAGAUACCCGAAACAGAUGACAGGAGAUACAAUAUAGACCAUCUGAAGAAAAGUCCGCUGAUCGCGCAAGGGAUUAAAAACAUUCCCGUAGUCGAAGUACAAAAACCUGCGGAAAAAACUAAUUUUUUCACAAAAAAAUUGCUGUCGCCGAAACUCAGUCGGUUAUUCAAGCCGAACGCAGCAGAAGUGGUGAGAAGCAAGCCUGAAACUAGCGAGAACAAAGAAGAGAAGUCUAAAAGCAAAUUCUUCAUUCACCGGCCCACGUCUCCGGGCAAUCUCGGACGGACUUACAAAGUUAGACCACUGGACUCGACUAGACAAGACGUGUUGAAAAGUGAUCUAAAACUUGCCAGUCUCGGGAAGCCCAUGACUCCAAUAUUCCGGCGACACGUGCCCGAGAGACCAGAGUUCGCAGACGGCAGGUUCAGCUGCCGCGAUCGAAGGACAAAGGAGAAAAAUCCAGAACCGAAAUUCGUCGAUAUCGGACGGAAUAGAAUAAAAACACCAGAGAAAAUUAAGAGCAACCCUUUGAGCACGGUUUUGGAGAAGGAGAAAGAGGGGGAGAGGAGGAGGGAGGCGGGGAUCUCGAGGAGUAAUUAUGUGAGUUUGGCCAAUUUGAGGAUCAACGGUCGCCCGAGACCGCGGCCGGUCGAAGUUUCGCCCACUGAGAGAGCGAUAUAGGUCUUGUCUUAAGCUUUUAAAUUCACGCCCCACUUUUGACAAGAUUCUGUUUGUCUUUUGUUUUCAGUCACACAUUCCAAUUACCAAGAUACCAAAAUUGUUAAAUUGUCUGUGGUGGCUCCCUCUAGAAAGGUUUCUCAGUAGGGGGCGCCACUGUGUUUCAUUCCCAACAUUAAGAAAGCAGUCCCAAUAUUUGCAUUCCACGAAUAAACGUAUACAUUCCUAAUGUUUCUCAUCCCGUUUUGAUACGGUAUCAUUGUUUAAGUGGAUAUUUUUUUGGAGAAUAGUUGGAUAAGACUAUUGUUAUGUAUCAUAUUACAUUAUGUACUUGCCACAUUGAAAUUCAACCUCGCGCAGCGCGAAUUUUACACACACCACGACCAUAGAUCAUUUCACUCUAUGGUUAGACCAUAGCAAAAAGCGGAUAUAUGUUUACAUCUAUCUUUUCUUCCAUUUAAGUAAUCCAUUCCAUAUUACUAUUUAACAUUUCAUUUGUCAUAUUUGUUCGCGCACCCAGGGGUUGGUUAAUAUACAUUUGUUGAAUUUAUACUUGUACUUAUAUAGGCUCUAUAUUAUAUAUUAAACGUAUGUACCUACUCACGUGUAUUCGGAAGCCAUUUACACGAAUCAAAAAAAACAUUGGCAAAGAAUAAAAUACUUUUCAUCAAAAUAAUAUUGAAUAGUAAUUUAAAAAAUUGCUAAUAUUUAAAAUUUUCUAUUUGGCGCUCUAAAUUGUUAAAAUUUAUACUCUUCCUUUUCGAGUAAUUAAAAUUAUUAUAAUAUCUAUGUAUAGUAUGAAAUUCAUUCCUUAUAACAUUAUAAUAUAUAAUAUAAUCUAUUCCAAUAAAUUAGAAGUAAUUUUUUGGCAAAUAGCGUUUAUAUCUCAGAUUACGGGAAGAGAUUCUUUGUGAAAAAGUAAUAACGCCCUUUAUGGGAGCGUACAGUAUUGUUGUAUAGCGAUUAGUAUAGUGCGGUGCCUUGAAACAAGACUGCGCGGCUUGUCAAUUUAUUAGCGGCCGGGGACUUCACUUGGACACGAUAUAAUAUAUUAGCUAUUGCCCGCGGUGUCCUGUUUGUCCUCUUUUUAAAUAUAUAUAUAUUUCAAAUUUCUUCAAAAUUAGUCCAUUACAGAUACUUUCGCAUUAAUAAUAUGAUGCUAUUUAUGGACUAGUCCAAGUGAAAAUUCCGACAUUACAGUAUACACUCGUUACGUUCAAUGUUUAGAAUUUUGUAGUUAUAUAUAUUUAUUUAAAUUUAAAUUAGGAAAUUUGACGUUAUAUAUGCAAUAAUUAAGACUAUUUUAUGCUCUUUGUAAGUGAGCUAAUUCACUUUAAAAAGUGAGUUUAUUUAAGUAUUUUGCUUGAAUUUUUUUAUCUUUCCAUAUGUAAUAUACAUAAUAUAAAAGUGCCAUUUAUAUACAAAUGUUAUGUACAGUCGGCUACAUAUUACUUUAGUCCUGCCUAACUGCCUAAAAACGCAUUAAACGUUCAUAUUCAAUUACAACAUCAUACAUUGGCAAAUAAAUAUGCCUUGAUAGAUUCAAAUUGUGUAGUAAUAGAAUCAUUACCUUAUACGGGGUAAAAUUAACAUACAUACGACGCGUUUUGUAACAGCUGUAUUAAAGUUUUUAAUCUGUAGCCCACUGAGCAUACGUGAAAUUCGAAAAUGUGUUAUUUAUAUAUCGAUACCAUUCGGCAAUAGAAGCAGAUUGACUGUGCCUUAAAAAUGUAUGAGAAUGUUGACACGAAUAUCUUAAUAUUUUUGGAUUUUCGCAUCUCAUAACAUAUUAUUCGUAAAAAAGUUAACCAAACGUUAACAACCGUACGUUACGAUAACAAACGUAAAAACCAAUUUCAGUUAAAAUAUGGCUUGUCUCGAGUUGUCAAGCAUUGUAAAAUGAAACAAAACACAUUUUAACUUGAGUAAAAGGAACUAAAAGUAACAUUUGUAUGAAAUCACUAUAGGCUGGUGCGAAAACGAAACCAUAUCGACUUUUAAUUUGACGACAGAGCCAUCUAGUGAUAAUCUUCAUAACUAAUCAGACAAUUAUUAUGUUUGAAAAAAUGGACUGUACGAAUGCGGUAACUUUUGCGAAAAAGCGUAUACGAAAAAACAAUUAAGUUUUAAUUAAUCUGCUACUACUGCCUCGGAUUUUUUUAUAAUAUUUUAUGUUUACACUUAUUUUUAUAGCGUUAAGGGAUUCUCGGCAAAUAACUCUAUUAAUUUAUUAACUUAAGCUGUAAGUUGAAGUCUGAUUUGUUUCUCUCGACAGGGUGCCAUGAUACUUUUAUGAUUUUGUUGAGUAGGUUGAGCGAUAGGCCGCAUCAUGAGAUACAAGCCUACAUUUCAUUACGACAGUAGUGGCACGAAAUUAAGUUUCCUGUUAAUAUCGCCAAAAGUUCACGUGUAGACGUCAAGUUUCAUCGUGAUGUCAGCGCGUGCAUUGCAGUCCCGAAACCAUUUUCGCGCCACAAGUUUCCUAAUGAAAAUUAGGUUUUAUAUUGAAUCGGUGUUCCAAACUGUGUGUGGUUCCAAAUUGUAUACUUGAAGUACGGUGUGGCAAUGCGCGAUUGAAAAAAAUGUUUUUUUAUAUACUUUUAUAAUAUGCGAGCUAUAUUUCUGAAAUUAUGCAUACUUUCGUCAUAAUAAAACAUCAAUGAAUAAAACUUGUAGUUUUAUUCAUAGAUUAUUUAACAAAUGUUACCAAAAUGUUACAUAAAUGUUGUUUUUAAAAAAAUAUAUAAUUUCAAUCGUGCAUUGGUUUCUCGAAUUUCUAUUUAAGUAUCUGAUCUUGUAAUCUCAUUUUUUUAUUUCGAGUGUAGUCCGUGCUCAGUUUACCUUAUCUGUGAUACGUUUCGUUUAUAAUGAUCGUGUAACAAUCGUACAGUAAUACCACGUUUAUAAGUAAUCUCGGCAAUGUUCGACGGCGCAGAACAGUAUAACCGACCGCCGACUCUGGCCGAAUGAGAACAUUAGUGAAAUAACGAACUUAUUGCUACUUCAUAAGAUUUUAAAUCCAAAAACAACAGGAGUCGUGCUAUCUCGCUCAUAAUAAUUGUACGAUCGCGUCGGGGAGUGGCGCUCCAGCGAACUCCAGACAUGGAGCGUACGCAGGCAUUAGCCAAUAGCGAAAGGUUUUGUUCGCGCGUCCAAAUGGCGCAGAUAUUUUCGCGCCGUGCAAAAAAUUGAUUUCUGCGCAAGUACAUCGGUGUAACUUAUUAAAGUGGUAGUACUGUACUAGAGUUUUAGUUAUAUAUUUUUUGAAUUUAUUCUUCAAUAAGUUUAUUUGUUAAGUUAUUAAUUACACAGGCAAAGCUCUUCGCGCGCCUGCUACACCUUUGGUUUAUUAACAUAUACCAAGAACCAGGCAUAUUUUAUAAUCUGCCAGUAAUGCGCCGUGAGAAACCUUGCAAUGAAGUGAGAAAUAUAUAACAGUUUAGCCGUAACAUAUACAAACGUGAUAUUUUUAUUCACAUGUUUACGAUUGUAAUUGUCUCGCAUUGUUUCUAACAGAGCAUAUAUAAUCCAUAGUUUUAUUACAAAGAGCUUUGCCUAAUCGUUAACCAAUUAACUCUUACCGAUAACAACGAGUCUCCGUCGCCUUCCACGCGUUGUAUUGUUUAAGUACAAAUCAAUAAAGGAAUAUAUUCAUAAUAUUUCA